AUGGCUCUCAAAAACUACCUUUACGCCAAGCAUGCUCGUGACGAGUUCACGUUAUCAUUGAUGCAAAAAGCCAAUAUCAUUAUUCCCCAGAACUUGCAGCCAUUAGGAGCCGGGUCCGGUAAUGAAGAAAAAGCCAAAAGCCACUGCAGUGAUAUCGAAAGUUGUAACAACUGUGCCAACUGCCCGAACAAGAAGAACACACCCAAGAUCACCAUCGAAAUCGACAGAGAUACAAAACUAGAACAAGAAAUCGAGUCUAUUAACCAUACCCUCACGGAGAUUGACUUCACCAACAAGAUAUAA